AUUUCCUGGUUUUCAGAAAUUGUUUCUAGUAUGUCAGCUACUGAAGUUCAGCUGGCUAACAAAAUGGUGACUUCAUUGAAGGCUAAUGUAGGUGCUGUUUUGCACCAUAGUGGUAUCUCUUACAUUAGCCCACAAAGAAGUCACAAGAGAGAACUUGUGCUGCAGAGGAGAUUGUUUUCAACAAAGAAGACACGUUCCUCACACUGCACGCUCAUGGCAGUUCCUGGUACAGAGAAAACCAACAAGAUACUGAGAACACUUCUGGAUGAAGGGCCCGUCUGUGUGACACAGUAAGUGUCACUGAACUAUGGCAGCAACACAUCCAUCCCUGUAACUGUGUGGUCAGAGAGAUCAAUAGCUAUAAAGUGGCCCAGGUGUAAUUCUCGGUCAAGUUGGAGAAUUUAUCCUCUCGGGGGCUGGGUGUUGUGUUGCACUUACCACCAUUUUACCUUCUUUUGAGAUGCAAAGUUGUAUCAACUCAAGAAGACUUGCAGAUGGCGGCUGAAUGGUCCUGCAUAUUAUUUCCCGGUCAGAAAUGCCAUACGGUCAUUUCAUUUCACACUAGAUCAUGUCACAUCCAUAAGGCCACACCAGACUGAACUAUCUAGAAGAAACUGUUGCAAAUAACAGUUCAUUUUCAUAGCCCAUUAUAUAAACUCACAGACUGAUCAGUAUGAAGUUACAAGCAGAGGGGAGAUGAUAUGUGGAAAGAAUCAAGGAAAAAGAACUGAACACAUGAGAAGAAAGAAACUGUGCAUCAUUGGCUCAAUGUGUUACAAUUGUCUCAUUAUACCUUAUUCUAAACAUAUACACAGUGAAUCUUUGAUGAGGCUUCUAGGACAGAUGAAUAUUCAAUAUUUCUUCAUCCCAUUCACAUUCGGAUUGCUGGAAGUUAUGCAGCAAAAGUGUGGUUCAGUAACAUCUGACAGCAAACUCAAAACUUACCAGAAUAUUUCCUUGCAACAAGAGAGAAAUGUAGGUUCAAGUCACAGUCCGGCAGAAAUGUUCAUAUAUCGCUAAUAGGUAUUAUAUCUAUACCUUAUACGUGUGAUAUUUAACAGUUUGCAGUAAGUGAAUAAAUUUUGAAUAAUUGAAAAUAUUAUAACAAAACAUUCUAUGCAGAGCCAAUCUCAAAAUAUUUUAAUUUCAUAUUUUUCACAGCUUUACUUUUGAAGAAAUGUAAGCAACUCAGUCAAGAAAUAUUAGCCUUGGUCUUGCUGCUCAGCUACGCAGUCAGUCGUCACUCCGGCAGCGCGCAGAGAUGUCGUGGGCACGCCCGGAGUUUAGAGGAUCGCUUAGCAGAGCAAUGGGUGUGGCGGAUCGCCGUUCGGCCGAGCCCGCUUGGUCGACGGCCCCAUCCGGCCCCCCAACUACGACGACUGGAGAUGUUGGUGUGGCAGACCGCCGUCCGGAGGAACGUGCUCCCCCGGCGGCCCCAUCUGACCCGCCGCCUAGAACGACCCGGCCACCGUCCAUGGACUACGACCUGGAUGACGAUAUCAUAGUGCACGGAGCACUCCCGGCCGACGAGAGGGCGCGAAGAAUAAAGGCCUCCGCGCAGCAACGCCCAGCGGGCGAGCGGCGCAAGAGGUCUUAUACCACCGCAGCAACCGGCGCCAAAAAGACGCCCAAGAAGAGGAGGCAGCUCGCUGUCUCUACAAACGGGGGCAGACGACGCACCCUACCUGAUGACAACGGUGCGGGUGCGACCUGGACGACAGUCACGUCGAAACGAGCGGCCAAACCCAGGACGAUCCCUUCACCGCCGCCCACAUCGACCGCAAACCGUUUUGGGGCACUUGCGGUCGAAGAGAAGACCGAGCAGCCUACACCCGAGCAGUCGGCGCCCACGACCGCUGCCCAAGCAGGCCGCUCGAACGACGAAGACGAUGAAGAAGCCGUCCCCACCACUGGACGGUCAUACCGGAGGCCGCCGCCCAUAGUCUUCGAGGUGGCAGAAGACUAUAAAGGCUUCCUGCAGCUCGAGGCAGUGGACGACUGCAGACUUCACCUUGAGAGCUGCAACAGGGAACCUGGUGCGGCUACAAGUUGCCAAUACAGAAGACUACAUCCGGGUGACUAGCAAGGCGUCGAACCAGGGCCUCCACUGGUACACUCACGCCGCCAUCCCCGAGCGACUACUGAAGAUAGUCUUUAAGGGACUACCCAUGGCAGCUCAACCGGAGCUGCUAAAAGAAGAACUGACGGAGCUAGACUUCCACGUGCGCAAUGUGACGCGCGUGAAGUCGCACGUCAGCCACAAAUAGUCUCCGUCACUUCUGGUGAUCGCCACCGAUUCACCGGAAAACAGGCGGCUCUACCAGGUGACGAGGGUGGCCAACACUAAGGUCACCGUCGAAAACCUGAAACAGAAGAGGCGCCUGGUACAAUGCUUCCGCUGCCAGGGGAUGGGGCACGUGGCUCGCCACUGCACCUUCCCCGAGAAGUGCGUGAAGUGUGCCGGGGCCCAUACCAGCCGACUGUAUCCGCUACCGAGGUCGCACGCGCCCAAGUGUGCGAACUGCAGCGGCCCACACGUGGCGAGCUACCGUGGCUGCGAAGUUUUCAAAGCCGCAAUAGCUUGCCAAAACGGGCAGCAGGCCGUGACGACUGCCGACCUCUCCCUCCGCCGUCCGCACCCAGGUGCAAAACCGGCGAGGCAGCCGGCACACGCGAGACAGACGCCGGCAGCCAAUGCUGCCAACUCCGGCCCCACUGAAGGGGGCAACAGCAGCUGGCGCACUCGCGUCAGAAAACGUGCGCGCGAGCGCACACCAGAAGACCAGCGCGCCUUCCACGCCCAAAGGAAGGCGCGCAAAGUAGACCACACAUCGACGGGAGGCGAAAGGCGUGGAAAUGCGCCAGCCGCCUCACGUCACCCUGCAGCAACCAGCCAAGGCGCCACAACUGCAGUGCUUGAAGGAGGGCUGGCUGCAGCAAUUUCAGCACUCUCUGCGGCAAUCGACAAGGUAACACUCCUUGCCGACACGCUGCAGAGAGUUGCGGAAGUCGUGAUGACCGCCGCACCGGCGGCUGCCCAGCAGCCAUUGAAAUAAGGCGCUCCCUACGCCGUCCGCGCCGGGAGCAGUGAAGACGGCCUGUCAUGGGCCCAACCAGUGUCAGCAGUGCAGACACAAAGAAGCUUGAACAUCCUGAGAAGGGCCACGAGAAGACAAGAUUAAAAAGAGAAGAACAAACAACACCAAAGAACAGAAGACUUGGAGGCAAAGUAGGGCAAGCCUACUAGGACUCCGCCAACCAGGGGUCGGGGGGCCCCUGCAGAAGCCCGGUUCGUUCGUUCGUAGCCUUGGUCUUAUGAUCAUUAGUGGCUGGACCAAUAAACUCUCUUCUCAAAAAUAAGUGCACUCCUCCACACCCCCACCCCCCAACACAAUGUGUAACAUUAUGCAAUGAUUCUGUAAUGACUUUCUCUAGGUGGGGAUGGGAGCAGUGAUUGUCCCAUUUUAUGUGUGUGUUGUUUACAAUGUAACAUAUGUAGAAAAAAUAACUUCUUUUGCAAUAAACAAUUUUAUUUUA